UGAAUUGCAUGAGAAACAAAAGUUUUACUUAAGGCAGUCAGUCAUUGAUUUACAAACAAAACUUCAAGAGAUGCAAAUGGAGAGAGAUGCCAUGGCUGAUAUCAGACGAAGAGAGAGUCAGUCCCAGGAGGAUUUAAGAAAUCAGCUUCAAAAUACAGUUCAUGAACUCGAAGCUGCCAAAUGCCUUAAGGAAGAUAUGCUGAAAGACAGCAACACACAGAUAGAGCAGCUAAGAAAAAUGAUGCUUAGUCAUGAGGGAGUGCUUCAAGAAAUCCGAUCAAUCCUAGUUGACUUUGAAGAAGCCUCAGGCAAGAAAAUAUAUGAACAGGACAGCAUGUCUACUAUGCACUUCCGCAGCUUGGGCUCAGCUAUUAGUAAAAUCCUAAGAGAAUUAGACACAGAGAUUUCUUAUCUUAAAGGGAGGAUAUUUCCAGUAGAGGAUCAGCUUGAAGCACUGAAAUCUGAAUCACAGAACAAAAUAGAACUGCUUCUUCAACAACAUCAAGAUAGGAUUGAGCAGUUAAUAAGUGAACAUGAAGUUGAAAUAACAGGACUUACCGAGAAAGCUAGCAGUGCUCGAAGCCAAGCCAAUAGUAUCCAAAGUCAACUGGAAAUCAUUCAAGAACAAGCAAGAAACCAAAAUUCGAUGUAUAUGCGUCAGCUCAGUGACCUGGAAUCUACUGUUUCUCAGCUACGUUCUGAAUUAAGGGAAGCCAAAAGGAUGUAUGAAGACAAAAUAGAAGAGUUGGAGAAGCAGUUAGUCCUUGCUAACUCCGAGCUAACUGAAGCACGGACGGAGCGUGAUCAGUUCAGUCAGGAAUCUGGAAAUUUGGACGAUCAACUUCAAAAGCUAUUGGCUGAUCUACACAAAAGAGAGAAGGAGCUUAGUCUGGAGAAGGAGCAGAAUAAACGUCUGUGGGACCGAGACACAGGCAACAGCAUUACCAUUGACCACCUGCGGCGGGAGCUGGAUGACCGGAACAUGGAGGUGCAGCGCCUGGAAGCCCUGCUCAAAGCCAUGAAAAGCGAGUGUCAGGGCCAGAUGGAGCGGCAGAUGGCAGCAAUUCAGGGAAAGAAUGAAAGUCUAGAAAAAGUGUCUUCCUUGACUGCUCAGCUUGAAUCCACUAAAGAGAUGCUCCGCAAAGUAGUAGAAGAGUUGACAGCCAAGAAAAUGACCCUGGAGAGCUCAGAGAGGACAGUAUCAGACCUGACAUCUUCUCUCCAAGAAAAAGAGAGAGCCAUUGAGGCUACCAAUGCAGAGAUCACAAAGCUCCGCUCCCGGGUAGACUUGAAAUUGCAGGAGCUGCAACACUUGAAAAAUGAAGGGGAUCACCUUAGAAAUGUGCAGACAGAAUGUGAGGCCCUCAAACUACAGAUGGCGGAAAAAGACAAGGUGAUCGAAAUUUUGCGACAGCAGAUUGAAAACAUGACGCAGUUGGUUGGCCAGCAUGGACGAACUGCUGGUGCUAUGCAAGUAGAAAAAGCUCAACUUGAGAAGGAAAUUAAUGAUAGGAGACUGGAACUACAGGAAUUUAAGAUUUUAAAAGAUAGAAAAGAUGCAAAGAUCCGGGAACUUGAAGCCAGAGUGAGUGACCUGGAGCUAGAAAAGGUGAAGCUAGUGAAUGCAGGCUCUGAGCGGCUCCGUGCAGUGAAGGAUAUCAAACAAGAGAGAGAUCACUUACUAAGUGAGGUGAAAGCUAGUAGGAGUGAAUUAAACAGUCUUUCAGAGGACUAUGAAGUCUUAAAAAGGAAUUUUCGAAACAAAAGUGAAGAAAUGGAAACUACUACAAAUAAGCUGAAAAUGCAAUUAAAAUCUGCACAGACUGAAGUAGAACAAACAAGAAAUACGUUAAAGUCAAUGGAAGGAUCUGACGGUCAUGCUAUGAAAGUGGCAAUGGGGAUGCAAAAGCAGAUCACAGCCAAAAGAGGUCAGAUAGAUGCCCUUCAGAGCAAGAUACAGUUUUUGGAAGAGGCAAUGACAAAUUCAAAUAAGGAGAAACAUUUCCUAAAAGAAGAGAAGAGUAAACUCAGCCAGGAAUUAAGUACUGUUGCAACAGAAAAAAACAAGAUGGCCGGGGAACUGGAAGUUCUGAGAUCUCAGGAACGCCGUUUGAAAGAAAAGGUUGCUAAUAUGGAAGUUGCUCUUGAUAAGGCAUCCUUGCAGUUUGCAGAAUGUCAAGAUAUAAUACAGCGUCAGGAGCAAGAAUCUGUGCGCCUAAAACUUCAACACACUUUGGAUGUAAAAGAACUUCAGGGCCCUGGAUACACCUCAAAUUCUUCAGUGAAAUCACGUCUUCAACCAUCAUCUGCUGCCCGUUCUCAUUCUAAUAUACCAUCUUCCCAGUCUACUGCCAGCUUCCUGUCUCAUCACUCUAUGAAAGCUAACCCACUGAAGGAAGAUCCAACAAGGGACCUGAAACAGCUUCUUCAAGAGUUGAGAAGUGUGAUCAAUGAGGAGCCAGGUGUGCCUCUGAGCAAGACAGAGGAGGAUGGGAGAACACCAUCUAUAGGAGCCUUAGAUGAUAGAGUAAGAGAUUGCAUCACUGAAUCAAGCCUGAGAUCAGACAUAUGCCGUAGAAGCAACCACUCACUAAGGGAGUCCACUGAAGGUAGCAAAUCAAGUGAAACUCUGAGCAGAGAGCCAGUCACAUUACGUGCUGGAGACCUGGAAGAUCCAUCUAGUUGCUUCACAUUCCCAUGUACAGCAAGUCCAUCUGUGAAAAACUCAGCUUCUCGUUCAUUCAAUUCUUCUCCUAAGAAGUCUCCAGUGCACUCUCUUCUAACUAGUUCGGUUGAUUCAAUAGGUUCCACAUCACAGUAUAGAUCCACCAAAACAGUUCAUUCACCUGAUUCUGUUAAAGAUUCACAGUCUCCACCAGUAGAAACAACAGGAAAAACAUGCAGGAAGCUUCAGAACAGAUUGGAAAGCUUGCAAACUCUGGUGGAAGAUUUACAGCUGAAGAAUCAAGCAAUGUCUUCAAUGAUCAGAAAUCAAGAAAAAAGGAUACAGAAAGUGAAAGACCAGGAAAAAAUGUUACUAAAAUGAUGCAUUCCUUGCCUAUUCUUAACAGAGAGAUGAUGCCCAAUUAAUUGUGGUGUUACUUAUAAUUAGUGCCCUGUGUACUUUUCUUUUUAUGUGAAAAUUUAAGAUACCCUGUCCUGUAAACCCUAUUUUGAAAUAAACUAUUCUUGAAUGCUCUACCAAUAAAACUUCAAAUGGUAUUAGGUGUGAAAAUAUUCAUAUAUUAUAAAGUAUUGGUUUAUGCUAAUUCCAGUGUAUUGGAAUAAUUACGUUUUUAAUUAUAUUUACUCAUCCCCAGACAGUGGAGCCAUUUUUUUUUUCAGCUUAAGAAAAAUAAAAAUACUGGGAGAAAAACACCUUUCACAUGGAAGUAAAAAAUGUGGUAUAAUGCCAAGGACAGAAGGACAUACUCCAGUGUACUGCUAGGGACUCCUCUGUGACCCUGAACUCACUGUUCUUCACUCAGUGAAGAGGACACUGAGGGUCCUCGGGGAUGGUAGAGCCACAGGGCAGAAGGGAACCUGGGUGACUGAAUCUCUGCAAGGAAGAAAGCUGCCCUCCUGCCAGCAGGAAGACCCACUGCUGACUGUUAUGUGAGCAAGAAACAGGCUUCUGGUGUUGCAGCCUUCUUACAUGGAAGGUUUCUGUUACAGCAGACACAGGAGCCCUGACCUACGCAGACAACGAACUGCCUGGCUAGGGCACUCGUGCACACCAAGAAACUCCUCAUAUUUCUGCUCUCAGUGGCAGUGUUAACACUCUAAGCACAUCCUAUUUUAAAUAACAACUUUUAAAAUAUAAAGUUUAAUAUUAUUUGUAUAUCUUAAGUCAAAUGGCUUUGCUGAAAGAUUACUUUUAAUUUAAUCAGGUAAUAAUAAAAUGACUAGUGAUAGAAUUCUAAAGAGA